UGUUAUGUCAUUGUCAACUUGUCACAUGGUUUUAUUUUCAUCUAUUUAAUUUUUAAUUUAAUUUUAAAUUAAAUUGUAGUGAAUUUACGUAUGAAUAAAACAAAUGAAAUAGUAGUAGUACUAGUUACUUAACGUAAGAUAAAGAAUUAUAUAAUAAGGUUAUAAAAAAAAGUUAAAAGUAUAUACACAUUACAGCUUAUCAAAAAUCAAAUAACCUAUCAUCAGGCAUAAUUUCCAAAAACUCGUGGUUAUCCUUAAUAUUGGGUAAAACAUGACUAAUCCUAACGCAGGAGUCUGUGAUAUUAAAAAAGAAUAUAUUGUUGAAAAACAAAGUAAGCUUAAUGUGGAAAAUAGUGAUAGUCACAAACGUAAACACAGUGAGAGCACCGACAAUGAGCCAAAGAAGGCAAAAAAUAACGAGCAAACUAAUAAAAAUAAGAAAAGAGGUCAAAAUAAAGCGAGACCAAAAACUUUUCAAGACAACAAAGAAGGUAAACCAUGCCCUAGCAUAUUAAAUGUAAUUUCUAAAGAUGAAAUAAAUCCUUGUCAAUAUUCUAAUUGUAAAUAUAUUCAUAACCCUUUGGACUACCUAAAAAUAAAACAAGAAGACAUUGGUAAAGAAUGCCAUUUGUUUAAAUUGAGAGGAAGAUGUCCUAGAGGAAUAGCAUGUCGUUUUGGUUCUAGUCACAUAACUGAAGAUGGUUACAACAUAGUAGAUGAAGAAAAAGCUAAAAUAUGGAAGGCAGAUACCAAAAAUGCUCUCCAACAAGAUCUUCAAAUGCAAUUACAAAAAAGAAAGUUUGACUUUACCUUUGCUGAAAAACUAGUUAAAUGCUUUGAUACAAGAAAUAAAUCAGAAAAGACUGAAGUUAGCAUUGCAACAAAUGGUUCAGAAGCAAACAACUCUGAUAGUCAAACGAAGAUUGGUGCUGUACUAGAUGAUGAUAUAAUUAAACUAUUACCAAGAGAAAGAAAAAUAAUAGAUUGGAAAAAUAAAUUGUAUCUCAGUCCGCUCACUACUGUAGGGAAUUUACCUUUUAGGAGAAUUUGCAAGGAAUAUGGAGCAGACAUAACUUGUGGAGAAAUGGCCUUGUGUGAAUCAUUGCUAAAGGGAUUCAAACAAGAGUGGGCACUGGUUAAGAGACAUGAAUCUGAAGAUUUAUUUGGAGCUCAAAUAUGUGGGAACAAUGCAUAUGCAAUAACAAAAGUAGCACAGCUAUUACAAGAAAAUGCUGAAUUAGAUUUCAUUGAUUUAAAUCUUGGAUGCCCAAUUGAUUUAAUUUAUAAGAAAGGUGGAGGUAGUGGCAUGAUGCACAGAAUGCCUGCAUUAGAGGCAUCAGUGAGGAGUGCAUCAAAGUUGUUAAGUAUACCAUUCACUGUGAAAAUUAGGACUGGAGUUUAUCAGGAUAAGAAAAUAGCUCAUACCAUUAUUCCCAAAGUAGUAGAUUGGGGUGCUUCUCUUGUAACCUUACAUGGUAGAUCCAAAGAAGCUAGGUAUACUAAAUUAGCUGACUGGGAAUAUAUUGAAAGUUGUGCAAAAGCUGCAGCGCCAUGUCCACUAUAUGGCAAUGGGGAUAUUCUCAGUUAUGAGGACUACAAGUACAGAAGAGAAAUAGCACCAUCUGUUCAAGGGGUCAUGAUUGGCAGAGGUGCACUUAUUAAACCUUGGAUUUUUACAGAGAUUAAAGAAGAGAAAUUGUGGGAUAUAAGCAGCAAUGAAAGAUUUGAUAUCAUAAGAAAGUAUACAAACUUUGGUUUAGAACACUGGGGCUCAGACACCCAGGGAGUUGAGAACACUAGACGCUUUUUACUUGAAUGGCUAUCUUUUCUAUAUCGCUAUAUACCUGUUGGCUUACUAGAAAGACCACCUCAAAAAAUUAAUGAGAGACCACCUACAUAUUUUGGAAGAAAUGAUUUAGAAACUCUUAUGGCCUCGGGUAACUGUGCGGACUGGAUCAAAAUAAGUGAAAUGUUAUUGGGCCCAGUGCCUGAUGGAUUUCAAUUUCUUCCUAAACAUAAGGCAAACUCUUAUCAAUAAUAUUGUACAUAUAUUAUGUAUGUUUAUUAAAUAAAAUGACUUGUUACCUAAA